GGUGCCUUUGGACCGUGGAGUAUUGGGGUGGGGAACGGAGGAUGUCAAAAGGCCAAGGGGCCAGGUAACUGGGUCUUAAUAAUAUGGUUCACAUUGAUUGAGCAUCUAGUAAAUCUAUGCAUGGUGUCAAGGGCUUUAUUUGCAUUACCUCAUCUAAUCCCACAUCAUCCCUAUGAGUGAAAUACUGGUGUAUUAGUUUUCUAGGGCUUUCGUAACAAAAUGCCAUAAGCUCGGUGGCUUACAAAAACAUAAAUGUAUUGUCUCACAGUUCAGGAGACCAGGAGUCCAAAUCAGGGUGUCAGCCACGUUGAUUCCUUUUGACGGCUCUGAGAGAAACGCUGUUCCAUGCCUCUCCCCUAGCUUCUGGUGGCUCCUGGCAACUCUUGGCCUUCUCUGGCUUGCAGCUGUGUCUGCCUCCAAUCAUCACAUGGCCAUCUUUCCUCUGUCCCCCUAUCCUGUUUGUCUUCUCCUCUUUUAUAAGGAACCAGUCAUUUAGAAUGAGGACUGAACCUACUCCAGUAUGACCUCAUGUUAACUCACUAAUAACAUCUUCAAAGACCCUAUUUCCAAACAAAGUCAUCUUCACAGGGACUAGGGUUAAGAUUUCAACAUACUUCUAAAGAGGGGGACACAAUUCAACCCAUAAUAAGGGGGUUAAGGAUGGCUGAGUGGACGAGGAUAGAUUUAAGCUGGGUCUCAGAGGAUGAAGAACAUUUAGCUAGAAAAGUGGGUGAGAGGAACAUUUAUUUGGGAGAAAAGGGCAAGGGUCAAGACUAAAAACUGCAAAGUGUGUUUGGGGAAAAGUAUAGACAGAAUAACAGCUUUCUCUAAGGGAUUACUGGGAGAAAAAGCAGAAAAGAUAUUUGAUGGAGUGCCCUGAAUUCCGGUCUAACAAGUUUAGACUUAAACUUUAGUGUGGGUCCAUUAAUGGUGUUUGAUGAACCGAGUGGUUUGCUGAGAGGUAUAUUUUGGGAAAAUAAUUCUAGUGACAGUAUAUCCCACAUGGUGGGAAGAGCAGGGAGAUAUAUUUGUGAUUGCCACAGAAAUAUUUGUGUGAGUUAGACAGAGCUGUGCUUAUGGCUCCCAAACAUUUAAUAAGCCUUUUUCCUCCACAAAGAAAAUCUUUCCUUCCACAAUCAUCCCUAGCAGGCAGAAAACCCAACACAGAAUGCUGGAUGGUGGUUGUGUGACCCCAUGUCUCAAAAGACUUAGACACUAUUUCUUGUUUAACUUCUCCAGGGUGGAAUUAUGGGUAUUGAGAUCUACUGGGACUGCAACCUGGACAGUUGGUUCCAUCGCUGCCAACCAAAGUAUAGUUUCCGUCGCCUUGAUGACAAAACCACCAAUGCGGCUCUGUACCCUGGCUACAACUUCAGAUACGCCAAGUACUAUAAGGAAUUGAAUUUUGAAACACGGACUCUGAUAAAAGUCUUUGGGAUCCGUUUUGACAUCCUGGUGUUUGGCAUCCCGAGGAGCGUUGCUCUGAAUUCCAAUCGAGUAAACUUACUCUGUUUCCAGGGAGGAAAAUUCGACAUUAUCCAGUUGAUUGUGUACAUCGGCUCAACCCUCUCCUACUUUGGUUUGGUAAGACAGUCUCUUUCUCAAGCUUUACAGAAAUGAUUUGGCAAAAAGAAAUUUCACUUAUUUCUCAGCCAUAGAGAGAAAUGAAGUUCUGAUAGACGCUACGAUGUGGAUGAACCUUGAGAACAUGAUGCUGGAUAAAAUAAGUCAGUCACAAAAGGAUAAAUACUGUAUGAUUCCACUUACA